AGGAGGAGUAAAUCAGUGUUGGAGACUCAGACGCGGAAGAAGAAGAAAACAGCGAAAGGAAGCAAAACUCGGACCGAGAGCCCCCUCCGGCGGACCGGACACUUGAUGAUUUAGCUCCAGCUCCACCGGCUGUCCUCGGCUGCUUCAACCGCUGGGUCGCAUGUCUGUCUCCGGGUCGGGCCCCGCUGCGGACAGGCUCGGUUCGCAACGAUUCUGGAUCGAUAUGUCAUCUUUUAUUCAUCCUGCCUCCUGAAGGGGGGCUCCGGGAACCUUCCUCUGAGCAGCACCGCUGGGUGGCACCGCUGGCUCGGGGCGGAGAGAAGACCGAACCGGACGAACCCGUAUUCAUUGGCUCUGCUGGCUUGUAUGUGUUAUUGUUUUACGAGUUUAAUAAUUAGCUAGCUGGUUCGGCGGGGUUCCCUCGGAAGUGGACCGAGCUCGGCGCCUUCUCUGCCGGGGAGCACUGCUGGCUCCAGCCGGAAGAAGGAGCCUCCAUCGUGUGCAAACCAUCGGUGCAAACGGACUCCGAGUCACGGUAAAUCUGGUCCAGUUGGUCUCACGCAGCUGGGCUCUGGUACCACGCUGGGGAUUUUUGGUCCUACAUAGACAGCUGGGAAAGAAGGGAAAGUACAAGUCUGCUGCCGAGGACAACGCUCCUCCGCCGGGCUGCGCCGCCGUGUUCGGCCCGGUGGGAUGCCUCUCUCCCGGAGGGGGCUGUUUGCUAACAGGCUAGGUCAUCCCACCCCCAAACCCGGACCCGGGUGUUUCUGGUGCCGUUCGGAAGGUUGUGGAAGAGCUCGAGUUUGAAGAGCAUGGCCGAGGCGGGUCAGUCUAGUCCGGCGGAUCUGGAUCCGGAUCCGGACUGCCGUCCAGCGACCCCUCUGACCGUGAAGAAGAGGGCGCAGCAGCCUCCGAGUCCCCGGCCCCGGUACCAGAGCUCCGCUCCGGGUCACAGCUUCAAGAGGGUGACCCUGACCAAACCGACCUUCUGUCACAGCUGCAGCGACUUCAUCUGGGGUCUCAUCGGUUACCUGUGUGAAGUGUGUAACUUCAUGUGUCAUGAGAAGUGUCUGAAGACACUGAAGACGGUUUGUACCUGCAUGUCUCCAUCUCAGGUCCAGGUUCCUGUGUCUCACUGCUUUGGUCUGGCAGGUCAGAAGAAACGGUUCUGCUGCGUCUGCAGGAAACAGACGGAGGGAAGCACAGCGCUGCGGUGCGAAGUGUGUGAGCUCCACGUCCACUCUGACUGUGCGGCCUUCACCUGUGCUGACUGUCGCAGCUGUCACCUGGAUGGGAAUCAGCAACAGGACACGUUCCAUCACCACUGGAGGGAGGGGAACCUGUCAUCGGCAGCCAGAUGUGAAGUCUGUCGCCGUUCGUGUGGAUCGUCUGACGUUCUGUCUGGGAUGAGGUGCGAGUGGUGCGGAAUCACGAGUCACGCGUCGUGUUACACCAGCGUGCCACCAGAGUGCAUUCUGGGACGUCUGCGCUGUAUGCUGCUGCAUCCGGGCUGCGUUCGCCUCGACUCCAGAAACUUCAGCAAGAUGCACUGUUACCGCAUCACAGAGAGCUGCAGUCACGAGCCGGAUAACUCAGAUGAUGUCGACUCCUCUGCUCCAACGCUGAAAGAUGCUCAGCCAGCUGCUCCAGAAUCAGGUAAACAGUCUCUGAAGGUGUUUGACGGCGAUGAUGCACUUAAACGUGGCUCCUUCCGACUGGUUUCCAUCUACAGAGCCACGAGGAAUGAGGAAGUAGUGGAAGCAGCACUGAGGGCUUUCUACCUGUGUGAUGAGCCGCAGAACUAUGAGCUGCAGGUUGUCCGGGGCCCGCAGCAUGUCAACAGUGACGACAUCCUGAACCGGAACGCCAGCGGUCCCGACAACAGAGGCUCUCUGAAGGACUUGUGUGACACCUGGCUGCUGACCGCUAAACCACGACAUGCUGAUGUCAUCAAGGUGUACACAAGGCCCAGCUCCAGCUCAGCUUUUGUCUCCGUGUCCGUCUCAGAGUCCAGCACUGCAGCGUCUGUUCUCAGAGAAGUCCUCCUUCAGCCGGACACACGGGGAGACGGCAGCUCCUGCAGCCUGGAAAAUCCUGGAAAGUUUGUGGAUAAGGACGAGACAAACUUCAGUCUGCAGGAGGUUAACAUGAGCAGCAGGCAAGUUCAGAGACAAACUCUAAGUCCUCAGGAUAAGAUUCUGGACAAACUGAAGGAGAUCAGAAAGGUUUCCCUGCGUCAGAUGAACCAGACCCGGUUCUGUAUGGUGGAGAACCAGAGCCCAGCCGUACAGGUGAGCCUACUGAUCAUAGGCCUGCCCCCUGACCGCUCCAACGAGGAGUACACCCAGCUGAUCCAGAACCACCUGGCUGUUAAAAGUCACCUGGUCUCCAUCAACCAUGUCUACAGCAGUCAAGGGGCGGUGGUGCUGCAGAUCUCCUGUUUCUCUGAAGCUGAGAGGGUCUACAUGCUGGCCAAAGACACGUCCAUAGAGAACAAGAUGCUGACGUCUCUGGUGAUACCCGAGAUUCAGGCCAACAAACUGGGAGACGUGUGUCCCCUACUGGUCUUUGUGAACCCAAAGAGCGGUGGUCUGAAGGGCAGAGAGCUCCUCUACAGCUUCAGGAAGCUCCUGAACCCUCACCAGGUCUUUGACAUCUGUAAUGGAGGUCCACUGGCUGGCCUGCACACGUUCAGGGAGGUUCCCAGGUUCCGGGUUCUGGUCUGUGGGGGUGACGGGACGGUUGGCUGGGUGUUGGGGGUUCUGGAGGCUGUGAGGCACAAACUGGUCUGCCGGGAACCCCCCAUAGGCAUCGUCCCGCUGGGAACAGGGAACGACUUGGCCCGCGUUCUGCGCUGGGGAGCCGGCUACAGCGGUGAGGACCCUCACCACAUCCUGGUCUCUGUUGACGAGGCUGAUGAGGUUCUGAUGGACCGCUGGACAAUCCUGCUAGAUGCCAGAGACAUCUCGGAAGAGGGGAAGGAUAAUGGCUUUUUGGAACCACCCAAGAUUGUCCAAAUGAACUGCUACUUUGGCCUCGGUAUUGACGCGCAGCUCAGCCUGGACUUCCAUCAGGCCAGAGAAGACGAACCGGAUAAAUUCACGAGCAGGUUCCAUAACAAAGGUGUGUAUGUGAAAGUGGGUCUGCAGAAAAUCAGUCACACCAGGAGUCUCCACAAAGAGCUGCAGCUCCAGGUGGACAACCAGAACGUCCAGCUGCCCAACAUCGAGGGACUCAUCUUCCUCAACAUCCCCAGCUGGGGUUCUGGUGCAGACCUGUGGGGUUCAGAGGUUGAAGGUCGCUUCAAGAAGCCGAGCAUCAGUGAUGGCCUGCUGGAGGUGGUUGGGGUCACCGGAGUUGUUCACAUGGGUCAGGUUCAGAGUGGCCUGCGGUCUGGAAUUCGGAUCGCCCAGGGGAACUACAUCAGGCUCACCAUCCGGAACCCCAUACCUGUCCAGGUGGACGGAGAACCUUGGAUCCAACCACCAGGUCUUAUCAUCAUAUCUGCUGCAGGGCCAAAGGUCCGGAUGCUGAAGAAGUCCAAGCAGAAGCAGAAGAAGUCUUCAGCCAACAGGGACGGACGCUCUGAGAGUCCGUCCUCCAGAGACGGAGGACACUGAGAGGCUCACCUGGAGAACCGUUGUCCUGCCUUUCACCUGCUGAGGAAGCUGUUCUGGUCCAGCAGACAUGAAUCCACUCAUGUAGCUUUGUAGCGACAGAUGUAGGUCGCAGACCGACCUGAAGACGGGAGGAGGUUAAACUUUUAACAUCCUGAGGAGGAGGAGGUAUCAGGGUCACAUUUCACACCUGCUCCUUAAACAUUUAACAGAAAUAAUCACCAUACGUGAUAAAUUCAAAUACGUCAUUCACAUCUGGAACUAAAUGAAGGCGUUUGUUCCUUCCAGAUGUGAGCGUAGAUAUAGAGUAAGUAGACGUAGACUCAGCUCUUUACUGUAGUGUGUGCAGCUGUUGGGUGUUUAGGUCCUGAAGGAUCUCAGGCGCUCGAAGAAAACCGACAGGUGGUUUUUAAUAAAAAGCUGCGACCUCGUUAAUGAGAUCCUCUUUUCCUUCGUCGUCUCGUAAUCGUGACGUGGGCUUUACGAACCCCAGGAACGAUCUAAAGUUGCCUGUUCAGGGUUCAGCGUGGAGAAUAAAGUCCGAUCGGUCUGAGCUGUGCCAAGCUACUGAAGGAAUCUGCUUCUGUCAUAUUUCAGUCUCAGAUUUCUACUUUUUAUUAACAAGAUGCAAACCAGAGUCACUGUGUUGGAUAAAAACACGGAACCAUGGAGGGAAAAACACAAAUGUUUCUUUAUAAAAUGUAAAAUAAAGCUGUAACAAACCGUAGAAUUAUUUUUUAAAAACUGCCCGAUAAAGCUGAAAUAAUGAUUAAAAACUGGGUUGUUUUAAGCUGAUCUGAGACCAGCUGAUUAUCCUGCUGUUGGAGAUGUUUUAAAUCUGAGAGGAUUUGAGACUUUUUAUGUAAGUGGUGUGUAGAAUAUGAGAUAAUCUGGAAGGAUGGGACAAAUCAGGACAAAUGUCCUGAUAAAUACUGUAAAUCAAGCAGCUGAUUGUAUAAUAGAUAGAAACCUGAAAACCUGUCUCCUGAUGAAUUAAAACAAAAAAUUAAACCUUGGUAAUUUUAUAAUUGGACUUCCCUCAUUAAGGUUUAUUUAUAAAACAAAGUAGUAUUGUUUAUGACACACUGAGACAGGUGACUUUGGUCCUUUUGAUUAUCAAUAGCUGCUGACUAAGGCCUUAAUGUCUAUAUCUAUUAACAAUUCAUAUUAAUAACCGAAAAUGGCUUUUAAGGGUUUUGUUUAGCCUUUUAUUAAAAGUAGUGAAUUAUUUCAAAUGAGCUGAUGUUAGAUUUACUAAUCCAGAGAAAAAAACUCUAAUUUUAAAAAACUUUUUUGAUUUUGGUUUUUCAUAAAGAUAAUUAUCAGAUGAAGUUUCCACAGACUCACCAGUCGUCCCGUCAACGCUUCUGUGUGAACUUCCUGAAGUUUGUUACUGUAAUAAUUAUCAAAGCCGUGGCGAGCUCCACAGGUUCACACAUUAUCUGGAAUAAUAAGACUUAAUCAUCUCUGAGGGAACCAAACUGUAAAGGUGUUAUUAAGACAUCAGUGCCUUCGUGGGUGUGUUCUUGAGAAGAAAUUUGAAACCGUUUGAAACGUUUUUACUCAGAGUUACCGUUCGGUUCAGGUGUGCACGUCUUCCCAGGUGAGCAAGAAGCAGGAUUUCAAAAUAAAAUACAAGGUAGAAAUGUAACGAAACUUAGAAACUGUCACGUUUUGGGGAUGUUUAGGACCCAAAUAUGCAGCAACCCAGGAUGACACGAGGCAGGAGAUGAUGUAAAGUAAAAUCCUUUAUUGUUGAAGGAUGAAACGAAGAAUACAUCCAGGGCAGAGAACCAGAGUCCAAAAAUGUUCAAAAUCCAAAAUAAACCAGAGAUCCAACUGAGACACGAGAAAAUACUAGAGACUAGGAACGAGAGACUGACAGAAUACCAACAAUGGACCGACAAGACACUGAGACAAGACAGGGCUUAAAUACACAGGGAGGAUGAGAGGGAGAUGAGCUGCAGGUGUGUGGGAUGUGGGAAGAGGACCAGGUGAAGGCAAUGACUAAUCAGGGGAGAAACUAACUUGACCUAAGAAUAAAACGGAAGUUACGGUGUAACUAUGGUUCUGUGAGUUCCUGGAUGACUGCCAGAGGCAGUAAACAGAGUGGAUGUAUCUCCUCGCGCUCUGCGCAGGUCGAGUACUAAUGUAAACAAAGUCACGCACGUGACACGUGGUCACCUGGUCGCGAGUCUAUAAAUUACGCGCCGAUAGCUACGUUCGGGUCUCCCGGGAUCUUCUCGCCCGAGAAGUUCCGAGUGACCCCUGUGACUGGCAGUCAUCCAGGAACUCACAGAACCAUAGUUACACAGUAACUCCCGUUCUGUUUCGUUCCCUCCUGCCUGCCAGUGGCAGUAAACAGAGUGGAUGACUUAUGCCAGCAGUGUCACGAGGAACACAAAACUCAGCUUCGCUCAGGAGGUAGCCGCCAGAGGCAGCACCGCCGAAGCGAGCGUGGACCCGUGGCCAACGUUGAGGCGGUAGAAGCAUGCAAACGUGCACGGAGUUGCCCAGGACACUGCAGCACAGAUGUCCGCCAGUGGCACACCUCUCAUCGCCGCCCAGGAUGUAGCAACACUCCUGGUGGAAUGGCACACGAUCCCAGGGGGAGCCACUGCUCCCGCUGCCGCAUAAGCCAUUGCAAUGGCAUCCACGACCCAAUGCGACAGCCUCUGCUUCGAAAGGGCCCGACCCCUGUUCACUCCUCCGUGACAGACAAACAGCUGGUUCGACUGCCGGACAGUGUUUGUUGCCACAAUAUAGAGCUGCAGUGCCCGGACCGGGCACAGCAAAUUCACCCGCCGUUGUCCCUCCGAAUGAAAUGGGGGAGGGAAAUACGCCCCCAGCUCGAUUGCGGCAUUCACGUAGCCAGAGGGCAGAACUUUGGGAAGAAAGGCAACGUUGGGCCACAGCGUCACCCCCGGCCCAUCUGCCUUCCACCGCAGGCAGGCGAGGCUGAUGUCCAGUGCGUGCAGCUCACUGACCUGUUUAGCUGACGUCACUGCCAAGAGAAAGGUGGUUUUCACAGACACCACUGCCAACGGGGCGGUAGUCAUCGGCUCAAAGGGUGGCCCACACAGGGCCUGCAGGACCAGGGGAAGGUCCCAAGCAGGUGCCGGCCUGCACAAGGCAGGACGCAACCUUCUCACACCCCGCAGAAACUGGGUCACCAGACAGUGAGCCCCAGUGCUCCUGCCAUCCACCAAGAGGUGGUUGGCCGAAAUUGCCGCCAGGUGUACCUUAAGGGUCGAGGCGGCCCGGCCCUUGUCAAACAGGUGCCGGAGGUACAGCAGAACCUCAUGCAGGGAACAAGAACCAGGGUCCACGUCCCUGCCGGAACACCAGGUAGAGAACCACUGCCAACAGCGAGCGUACGUAACCCUUGUAGACGGAGCCCUGGCACUAUCCAGCACCUGCUGGAUGGAGGGCUCAAAGCCGACUGGGGGCUGCCUGCCCCCUUCAAUGGCCACACCGUGAGCCGAAGAUGAUCUGGGGAUGGAUGCCAAAUCCUCCCCUCCAUCUGAGACAGGAGGUCCCGUCUUGCCGGCAACCGCCACGGCUCCCCGUUCAGCAGACUGAGAAGCAAUGGAAACCAGACCCUCAUGGGCCAGUCUGGCGCCACCAGAAGGACCUCGUGUGACGAGUCCCUCACCCGAUGGAGGGUUGGUAAGAUCAACGGGAAAGGUGGGAAAGCGAACAGCCGAACCAACUGCCAGGCAUUGGCGAGAGGGCAUCCAUCCCCAGAGGGGCGUCGGCCUCUGCCAGGGAGAACCACAAGGGGCAAUGCGUGCUGCUCCUCGAGGCGAACAGAUCCACCUGGGCCUCUCCGAACUGAUGCCACACCCUCUGCACCACCGGAGGGUGCAACCUCCAUUCCCCCGGGGGAAGACCCCGCCGGGACAGGCAAUCCGCCACCGAGUUCCUCCACCCCGGAAGGUGCAGCGCCCUGACGGAGGCCAAGCGAGGGUAAGCCCAGGUCAGCAGCGUCUGAGCCUCCCUCAAAGAUUGCAAUGACCUGGUGCCCCCCUGAUGGUUUAUGUGGAACACCGCCGAGGUGCUGUCCAUUCGGACGAGCACGUGCUUGCCCCGCAGAAAAGGCAAGAAGCGCCUCAACGCCAAGUAGACGGUCUUCAAUUCCAGGACAUUGAUGUGAAGCCAUGCCUGACGGGGGCUCCACAACCCCUGGACCGACCUGCACUACCAAUGCGCCCCCCACCCCCGGGGUGACGCAUCCGUCUUGACCACCUCCCUUCUGGUGGGAACCACGCCAAGCGGGACGCCGAGACUCAGGUAGGCACAUCGUUCCAAUGACGCAAAAGAGCCGCACAGCUGCUCGUGACCUCCAGCUUGACCCGUCGGUGUCGCCGGGGAUCCAGGCGGAAGCCGUUGAACCACCUCUGUAAGGGCCGAAGGUGGAGCAGCCCGAGAGGCACCAGUGCAGAAGCCGAGACCAGCAUCCCCAACAGUCGUAGCCACACCUGGACCGGGGGUGCCGCCCCUAGGCGAAAGGCCCGGAGCAAAGACCGAAUCCGGACCCUCCUCUGCUCGGUCAGCCUCGCCCGCAUGGCCACAGAAUUUAUGGCAAUGCCAAUAAAAUCCACCUGCUGAGUCGGAACCAGAGAACUCUUCUGCAGGUUCACCGUCAUCCCCAGCGCCUCGACGUGGGCAAGGACCCUGGCCGUGGCCAGACCCACUUCGCGACACGACGGCGUGCAGACGAGCCAGUCGUCGAGAUAUGGCAAGACCUUCAACCCCGACCGACACAGGGGGCUCAGGGCUGCCUUCACGCACCGCGUGAAAACUGGGGGGCGAGAGACAGGCCGAAUGGCAGAACCAGAAACUGGUACACCCUCCCGAGGAAAGAAAACCGCAGGUACUUCCUGUGCCCCGGAUGGAUCGGGACAUGGAAGUAUGCGUCCUUGAGAUCUAUGGUCAUAAACCACUCUCCCGGACAAACCACCUGAAGGACAUCGCGAGUCCGAAGCAUGCAGAAGGGCAGCAGCUUCAGGAACUGAUUGAGACCCCUGAGGUCCAGUACCGGCCGCAGGGGCCCGUCCUUCUUCGGCACCAAGAAAUACGUCGAAUAAAAGCCGUCUGCCUGCAAAUGCGGCGGAACAACCUCUGUGGCCCGUUUGUCCAGGAGAACAUCUAUUUCCUGCAUCAGGAUGCUGACCCGUGCAGGAUCUGUGGGGGGGGGGGGCUUGGGGGGGCUCUGUCCUGCCCCGAGUAUCCCCGGGGCAGUGCCUGACCUGCCCCCGAGCGUCUCCAAGUCCCUGCCGCAGCCACGGUCUGCUGGGUGGCCUGCAAGGGGGAGGCCGGACGAAACCGGUGCCGAGGGUCCCGUGCCCCUCGUGGCCUGGACUGUGGCACGGGGAGGAUCCCUGCCCUGCUACGCCCACUCCAGGCCUCUGCGGCCUGUCUGGACUGCCGCCGACGUUCCAACGCCCUCUCAGCCUCGGGCCCGAACAACUGGCCCGGCACCACGGGCAGUCCGCGCAGGCUCUGUCGGCAGUCAUCCGACACCGGGGCCUGCGCCAACCAGACCUGACGGCGAGCCACUACCAGUGUGCCCAACAACCGACCAAGCUCCCUGGACAUUAGCCCAAACGCUUGCAGGGCUGCGUUGUUUGAAUCGCCCAGUGCCAUCCCCGCUGCGCCCGAUUGCAGCAUCUGGGACUGGGCUAGCAACAGCACCGACAGCGAAUUGCUGGUGCGUGCCAUCCUUGUCCCGAUGUCGUAAGCCCGGCACAGUAAGCUGUCGGUCACCCGACACUGGGUGCUCGGACAGCGGACCCUGUCAAUGCCUCAUCCGGGGAGAGCACCAAAGAAGCAACGCAGUGGUCCACCGGGGGCAUGUGGUCCAACCCGUAGGUUCCUGCCUCCCGCAUCGAUGCCAGGGUCCUGACAUCCCUACCAUGGUGGGAGAGCUGUCUCGGGUCCCCCCAGCACCGCUGCAGCUCCUCUACAAAGGCCGGCGAUGGUGGGACCUGAAAUGGGGGCGCCGCCGGAGGCCGGCGGAAGAAGGAAUUCCCCACCGGACGGGCCACCGGCACGUUGUCCAGUCCAAUCCUGGCCAGUGCCUCUCGCAAAAUCGCCCGCAACUGACAGGAAUCCUCCGCCAGCUCUGAGCUUGCUGAGCUAUGGAUGGACAUCCCCGAGUCUCCGUGACCUCCCAGGCCCUGGGGCUCCACUACCAGCCCCUGACUACAACCCGGAGAGGGGCCCUCCUCCUCAAGGGACUGAAACUCAGAAUUUGAGGCCCUCAUAGAGGUAAGGUCGUCCAAGCCCCCCUCGUCCAGGGCUCUGGUCAGCAGCGCUUUGAGCUGUUCCACCUCUGCCCGCAAAGUGUCCACUUCCUGGUGAGAGGGGUGCGCCACAUGCCGCUUCUUGCGCCUCGGGCUGCCGCUUUCCUCAGCCGGUCUAUCCCUCCGUCUCCCGGAACACGGGUGAGGGAUACCAGAGGGCGGCAGGUCUGACUUAAACAGGAGGCACUACUUGACGUAUCCUGUCCUCCGCACCGCCAGCGGCAAAAUGCUGCAGUUCAUGCAUGGGUCAGUCAGCACCUCUCUGAGGUGACCGACGCCCAGGCACUUUGGACACAAGUCGUGGCCGUCCUCCACCUGGAGGGGAGCCCCGCAUGACGUACACGCCAACAUCCGUACCGGUGUGGGAGACGCCAGCGACUCCACAGGAACUGAGCGAGGACUUCGAGGAAAACUGAAGAACGCGAUUCAGUCCUGGAGUUGUAAAACAACACACGUGCGUGUGUCAGCUGGGUAAUCUGAGCGUGCCACCUCCACGGUCAGAACGUCCAGCCCCACUUACCUGUAGCGCUCGCCGGCCGCACCCACCUCCCCUUUCCACAGGGGAAAACCUGCGACCGCCAGCGAGCCCUAUCCGAGCCAGCAGCGGUGGUCCGAACGGCGCCGGCUGCACCGCCCGCUCUCGGUAACAAAUGACAGAUAACAGCGUCAAUCCACCUCCCCAGAGGGCUCCUUCGAGCGCUCCGACCACACGGUCCCGGGCAGGAAGACGCCAAGUAGAAACAGUACUCACCUCUAGACCGAUAAGAUCCGAAUCACGGACUUACGGAGCGAUUGACCAGCGAAGCACGCCAGGUCAACAGCGAGAAGAUCAAAGAGACUCGAACGUAGUUAUUGGCGCGUAAUUUAUAGACUCGCGACCAGGUGCGCUACGUGUCACGUGCGUGACUUUGUUUGCAUUAGUACUUGACCUGCGCAGAGCGCGAGGAGAUACAUCCACUCUGUUCACUGCCACUGACAGUCAGGAGGGAACGAAACAGAACCUAAUACAAAAGAGCAGGAAACAUAACUACAAUUCAAAGGGAGGGGGGAGAAAAAUAAUAAACACUGAUGGGAAAAAAACAUGCUAAAUCAUGAAAGGCUGUAACUAAAGGAAGUGACUUGAGAAACCUAGAGGGCUGGAGAUCUAGGGGCAAAUGGGGAAAACCAGAAGACACAUGAGGAAAACGCAGACAUGACACAUGAGGGCGCUAGGACACAGAAGGGAAUCUAGAGAGGAUGGAGAAACACCAGGAGACACAUGAAGGAAGGGGCAGACGCAGACCAUGACAGAAACACGUUUAGUUAGUUUAAGUUUACUUGACUUAAAACAUGUUAAACACUAUCAGUAUUUCUAUAAGUAGCUUAAUUACACUUUUUUUUGUUUAAAAUUAUGAUUUUUUUUCUCUGAAAUAAAUUUAUUUCAAACAUUUUUUCUAAGAAUUUAACAGAGAAGGUAAAUUAACAUAAUGAUCAAAUCGAUGUAAUUAUGACCCAGUUUAAUCCAGGUAAUCCCAAACAACCAGUCUGAGAAUAAACCAGUUUAUUUGUUUGAUUUUUAUUCAAAUUUAAUCCAAAAAUAAUCUCAAUUAAAUAAAUUGACCUCAGUCUUUAUAGGAGUCAUAAAACUAAGUUUUAUUCUCACUUUGACAAGUAUCACACUCUGAAAUCCCACCGGUACCUCAAAGAUUUUACCUUUAUUUUAUUACUGAUAAUAAAUAAUAAUAAUGAUGAAGCAUCUCGGGUCUAAUGUGACCUGCUGCAGCAGAAUAAAACCAGAUAUUUAUAUAUGUGUGUGUAAAUAAGUACCUAAGCGCUGAAGGACAGAGUCUCGGUACAGUUUGGAUCUCGACUCCUCUCACUGGAAGGAUUUCCUAAACUGGGAUCUUCGUUCACAUUCCGACGUUCAGAGCAGAAAGACUCAGGCGGAGGAUAUUUCUCUGAGGGGUCCAGCUCUCGAUGUAGCCUCAACAGUUUUACUAUUUGCUGUUUCCAUGUUUUGGUGCUAGAUAGAACCGUUUGUUAAAUGUGUGUUUGACUCCAGACUGGGGUGGUUUUUAUUUCAAAACCUCAAACUGGAAGUGUUUUAUUGAAUGAAGGAUUCGGAUUAUUUAAGGUGUCAUUAUUCUCUUUUGCAGCAGCUGCCUCAACACAGCUGAGAUUUGUUAUUUUAAUAAUAUCUGUUAAUAUAAUGCUUCUGACUGGAAUCAGAAUAAUCGUUUACUUAAAUUAAUGGUUUGAGUAUUUUAUUACCUGUAAACCUCCUGAGGCUUUUAUUUAAACCAGCAGUUCACCAAAUCUGCAUCAGUUUAGAUUUUUUUUUCUUCGAUGUGGAAGUUUUUAAUCCUAAUUUUCAAUGUUAAAACAUUUAAAUCUAUCAACUAUAGUUGUUUCAGAUAAAUCAGAGCCAAACUAUACUGACAAAAAUAGUUCCCAAUUACUAUAAUUUAUGUAAAAGCUGUAAGUAAUAAUAAUAAAUAGAUCAAAAUGUUUUAAAAUGUGUUCCAGCUGCUGUUUUCUAUGGUGUAUUUGGGUUUAGCAGCUUUUGAAAAGCCUUUAAAAGCUGGGAAAUGCUGGUUUAGGUGACCUGAUCCUAGGUGAGCAGCAGGAGGCUUUGAUGAAACAGAUCUGAGAUCAGUGGCAUUAGCUGUUCAUUUGUUGGUUUGUGGAGAGUUUCUCAGACCUGCAGCUGUUGUGUGUGCUUGCAGCCAGAUAGAUGUAGCAGUGACACCUUCACCUGUUCAGGUAUGAAGUAACUGUAGUUCUGCAUCCUGUGGAGCUCAGAGCGGUUUCCUCUGCAGACUUUGGGCUCUUCAGUCUCAUCAGUGUUGUGUUUUUGUUUCUUCGUGUCUUCAGCUUCAGGUUUCAUCUUGUUUCUCCUCAGAAGUUCUGCAUGUUUUCGCUGCUCAUCAGAUGGUUUACAGCUUAGUGAUGUUUAACACGUUUUUCUGAUCAAAAUCACUUUGAAUUCACAUUCAAAACGACUAAAAAUUAAAACAUCUAGAACAAACAAACCAAAACAGAACAAAAGUUUAAACAAACUCUUUAUUUUCCUUUCAGUUUUUGUCAGAAGUUUGUUUCCAUCGACCAGCAGUGUGACCCAUCAGAGUUUUCUUUAUCUGUUUAAUUUGUUGGUUAAGAGAAUUCUAAUUGGCUGUUCUGUGUGUCUUUUAUUGCAGCGAUUUUAAGAUUUUAAAUAAAACAAAGUGUCUGUAAUAGAAGUUAGUCUGAACUAAGGAGUAGCUUUUCAAUCUGAACUCAUAAAAGUUCAACAAACCAAAUCAGAACCACCUAGAACCCUAAACUGGACCAAUUCUGACCCAAAACAUCUCUUUAACUUAGUUUGAUAUUUUCUCAUUAGAUUCAGCUAGAAUGUGUCAGCCAUCUGUUUUUAUUUGGACACGAAGUGAAGUAUUCCUAAAAUACUGGAUUCAGAACUAAAACGAUAAAAUAUGUUUAACGUUUUCAGUAAAACGUCAGAGACCUGAAGCUCUUAAGAGACGUAAAACAACCGUUUUCUGAAAUUCAUAUUUUUGGUUGACAUCAAUAAGCUAAAAACAUCAAAUCAAUUUUGAAUUAGUCAAAUUUAUGUGCUGCCAUUAAAGUGAGAUAAAAAAAAUACAAAGUUUGAUUCUCUGAAACAGAAACCUGUUAUAUUUAUUUAUUUACGUUCUGAUAGAAAUGUUAUGUUUUAAAAUUUGUUCAUCAAAUUUGAAUCAAUCAUUAAAAAAAACACCUUAAUUAAAUUAUUUUAUAUAUUUGAUUGAAAAAUAUCAGCCUCCUCCAGUCGAGCAAAAGUGGAUCACGGAUGGGCUGAGAUCCAGGAUCUGGUGGUCUCAGAUCCAGGCUGCCAAGAUAAACAACAAAGUACAACAUAAGUGACAAAGUAUUGAACACAAGAGUAGAAAAUAACCACAUAUAAUGAAAAGUGGUGAGGCCCAGGGUCACUGCGGGGUCCAGGGCCCUGUAGGCUCUCCAUCCGUCCGUGCAUUAGAACUCUGCCUCAUUGUACUGCCAGUCACACAAUAAUGACAACCUUAAUCGCUGCCAUACUUGUUGUAAAAUGUUGUUGCUGCUUUGACGUAACUCUGUUUCUCUAUGUUCAUUGUGCCUCUGUGGUGGUGAUGUUUGACUCCGCCCCCUCAGAGCCUACGCUGGGGCGCCACGCUGCCUAGAUGUUUAAAGUGUUUCCUGCCGUGGUGUGGUCACCUUCAGAUGUGAGCUGAUGUGCCUCUGGUUUCUUCUGCUGUAACUCGUUCUACUCAAAUCAUAACAUGAAUAUUUUAGCAGACAGAAGGUGUUUUUAGUUGUAAAGUUUUAACUGUAAAUUGCACUAAAUGUUUUCUAGAACCUCUUAGAUGUGCCGUUAAGAUGAUUCUGAAUGUUGUUAGAACUCAUGAUAAAUAUGAAACAUGUUUAAAUAACAGUCUUCUAUGUGUUUAUUCAUAAUAAACUAAAGACUAUUUAA